GCUCUCCGCGGCCGCAGAGGCGGCGCCCCGGGCCCGCGCGCCGUGUACACCCGGAGACUGAGGCUAGGAGGGGCCCCGCAGCCCGAGGUCACACCCCGCCCAGGGCAGGGCAAGGUGGGCGGGGGGCUGAGCCCGCCUCGGUCACCGCCUCUUGCUGCCCGCUGCGUGCCCAGGCUCGGAUGGCGGCGGCGGCGCCGAUGGACCCGGCGCAGGGCUGUGUGACCUUUGAGGACGUGACCAUUUACUUCUCCCAGGAGGAGUGGGGGCUCCUUGAUGAGGCUCAGAGACUCCUGUACUGCGACGUAAUGCUGGAGAACUUUGCACUGAUAGCCUCGCUGGGACUGACAUCUUUCAGGUCCCACGUAGUUGCCCAGCUGGAGCUGGGGGCAGAGCCCUGGGUGCCUGACAGAGUGGACAUGACUUCAGCCAUGGCAAGAGGGUUGUAUGGUGGGCAUGGUUCUGAUUUUUGCCGUGGAACGGAGGGUGAGGAAUCACCUUCUGAACAUAGUAUUUCUGUAGAAAGAGUGUCACAGGACAGGAAUCCCAAGGCAGCUCUGUCCACCCAGAAGGACUACCCCUGUGACCUGUGUGGCCUACACUUGAAAGACAUUUUGCACCUGGCUGAGCACCAGGUGACACAUCCCGGGCAUAAACCUUAUGUGUGUGAGGCGUAUGGAAGAGAAUUUGGGUCCAAUCCAAACCUUCACCAGCAACAGAUGCAGGAGAAUGUAGAGAAGCCCAUCAGAAGGGAGGAAGGUGGGGCCUUGCUUUUGAAGAGCUGUAGAGAAGACACAUCAAAGAAACCUUUCACAGUCAGGGAGGGUGGGAAGGACUUUGUGGCCAGAUCCAGCUUUCUCCAGCAUCAGGUCACUCACAGUGUGGAGGGGCCACACCAGAGCACCAACGGUGUAGAGGAUCUUCACACUGUGCAAAGCCGUAACAAGUGCAGUGAACUUGGGAACACUUUCAGUGACAAACCCACACUUGUGCAGCCCCAGAGAACACACACUGGAGAAAGGCCGUACGAGUGCAGCAGAUGUGGGAUAUUCUUUAGCCAUGCUGCUGGCCUCUUUCAACACCAGAGAGAGCACAAUAGAGGAAAGCCUUAUGAGUGCUGUGAAUGUGGGAAAUUCUUCAGCCAACACUCCAGUCUCAUUAAACACCAGAGAGUUCACACGGGUGAGAGCCCUCAUGUGUGCAGCGAAUGUGGGAAGUUCUUCAGCCGAAGCUCCAACCUCAUUCAACAUAAGAGGGUUCACACUGGUGAGAAGCCUUACGAGUGCAACGAAUGUGGGAAGUUCUUUAGCCAACGCUCCAACCUCAUUCAUCACAAGAGGGUUCAUACUGGGAAGAGCGCUCACGAGUGCAGUGAAUGUGGGAAAUCCUUCAACUGCAACUCCAGCCUGAUUAAACAUUGGAGAGUGCACACUGGAGAAAGACCUUAUAAGUGCAAUGAAUGUGGGAAAUUCUUCAGCCACAUCGCCAGUCUCAUUCAGCAUCAGAUUGUUCACACUGGUGAACGGCCUUUUGGGUGCAGUGAAUGUGGGAAAGCCUUCAGCCGAAGCUCUGACCUCAUGAAACAUCAGAGAGUCCACACUGGUGAACGGCCUUAUGAGUGCACGGAAUGUGGGAAAUUGUUUAGCCAAAGCUCCAGCCUCAACAGCCAUCGGAGACUUCACACUGGUGAACGGCCUUAUCAGUGCCCUGAAUGUGGGAAAUUUUUUAACCAAAGCUCCAGCCUCAAUAACCAUCGGAGACUUCACACCGGUGAACGGCCUUAUGAGUGCCUCGAAUGUGGGAAAACCUUCAGACAAAGGUCUAAUCUGAGGCAGCACCAGAAAGUUCACAAACCAGAUAGGCCGUAUACAUGCAACGAAUGUGGAAAAGCCUUCAGCCAAAAGCCUACCCUCAUUCGGCAUCAGAAAAUUCACACUAGACAAAGGAGUACAGAGAAUGUGUUCCCCCCUCCUUCAACACAACACACACUAGAGAUAAGCUCUGAGAGUAGUCUUUAUGAGGGAGCCAUAAGCCAGAAGUUGAACCUGGUUUAUCCAAGUGUCCACACUGGGGAGAUUCCCUACCAAUGCUAGAUAUGUUGGGAGCUUUCAGGAGUGAAGUUGCAUUUUCUGACAUGAACUUUUCCAGAGUUUUGUCACUACUAGUGUUUGUAGGAGAAGCCAGCUCAGCUCUACCCACUGGUAGGUCUCCAGAGUGUGUGUCAGCCACUCCCUGUGCUCAGAGAAGACAGAUCUCUGUUCUCUCUUUCCAAGAGGGAAUCGUGAGUAGCCUGAGGCCAUAGGAAGAUGUCAUCCCCUCCCAUGUGAUUGGCUUAGCUGUGGACCUGACCCAUCUUUGGCCAUGAAGUCUUGAGCUGGGUUCUGCUGGCAGAGAAGGUUUCCCUUUUUCAAUGAUGUGGAUCUCAUAUGGUGCUCUUCGUGGAUUUAUCCAGUCUGCACGUUACACAUCCCAACAAUUAUCUACUCUACAUUGCUCUGGUUUGGGUGAUAAGGGUCUUAUUGAUAAAGCCACCUUUAAUCUUCUGUGUUCUGACCACUGUGUGGAGUGGGUUGGGAACCGAAUUAAGGUCUACCAAACUAACGGGGUCUCCAAAUUUGCCUCAGAGGGAACAGCAGGAUGGCAGAGAACAGCUCUCAGUCCAGAUUUGGCCUUGUUUGUGUUGCUACUCAAGGCUUCCUAGGGAAGAUUGUAGGGCUUUGUGGGCCUAAUGUGGUCUGAAUGGCAUGAAUUCUCAUGGACCAGAGAUUACCCUGAGGAAGGGGCAGUUGUGACAACCUUCAGAGCAUCUGGGAGCAGCCUGAAUCAGGCCCCUUGUUUCCAGGGGAUGCCUCAUAUUCCCUAGCACUGUUUAGUGGACACUGUUUACCUGGUACUUGCCAAAGAGCUGUACGCCUUGAAGUCUAAUGUUCGGUAUACAGGUGUCUCUAUAAGACUUACUGGGCCCAGAUGGGACCACAAUUUGUACAGAAACACUGGAGGUGAUAACAGUGAGCAGAUGAGAUUGCAGCAAACUAGAGGGAAUAUUCCUGUUCUAACAGUGCAUCCACAGAUGUUCCCUUGAGUGUGACUGUGCAGGAUUUAGACUUUGUAGAAAUUCUUAGGACCUCCAGAUCUCUGUCCUAUGACUAAGGUCACUGGCAGAGCAGAUAAUCUAAAGAUUUUGUGGAUUACUGUAGGCUCACUGCACUAUUCAUCUCAAGGCCAUUGCUGCAGAGAAAUGGGGACUGAGACAAGGUAGAUCUUGUACUCCAAGGAUGUAGCAUUUGUGACAUAGCCAGAGAUCUUUGCUGCUGAAGCAUGAGGAGAGAGAGAGUAGAGUCAAUAUAGGGUUGCCAAAUCUUCUAGUUUCUAAAAUGAGUGGAGAUCAGAUUUUUAUGCGCAACAACUUCUUUUAAUGCUUUGUUGAGAUAUAACUGCCAUGCAGUAAUUGACUGUACAUAUUUGAUGUGUACAAGUUGAUAAGUUUUAAAAUAUGCAUACACUCAGGGAACCAGCAUCACAAUUAUGAUAAUGAACAUCUCCAUCACCCACAAAGCUACCUCGUGCCCCUUUACUAUCCCUCCUUGCCUUCCCCAGGAAACCACUAGCCACAUCCCAAGGAAUCCAUUGAAUUACCUUUUUUUCUCUAUGCAUUUGUUUGCCUUUCCCAGAAUUUUAUACAAUUGGAAUCAUAAAGUAUUUAUACUCUAUUUUUGGUCUAUUGCAUACAUCAUAAUUUUCUUGAGAAUCAUCCAUGCUGUGUGUAUGAAUAUUUCAUUCCUUUUACUGCUGAGUAGUGCUCUGUUGAAUGAAUCCACCACAAUUUGUUUAUGCUUUAUUUUUUAAAUUAAAAAAAAUUCUGGUGAAAUACACAUAAAAUUUACCAUCUUAACCAUCUUUAAGUGUACAGUUCAGUGGUAUUAAGUACAUUCAUAUUGUACAACCAUCACCACCAUUCAUCUGCAGAACUCUUUUCAUCUUGUAAAACUGAAACUCUACACAUUAAAUAAUAACUCCCAAUUCCUCCCUCCCCAAACCCCCGGAAACCACUAUUCUACUUUCUGUCUCUGAAUUUGACUACUCUAGGUACCUGAUAUAAAUGGAAUCAUAUAGUAUCUUGUCUUUUUGUGACUAGCUUAUUUCACUUAGCAUAAUGUCAUCAAGGUUCAUCCACGUUGUAGCAUAUGUCAGAAUUUCCUUCCUUUUCAAGGCUGAAUAGUAUGCCAUUGUAUGUGUAUGCCAUUUUUUGCUUAUUCAUUCAUCUGUCAGUGGAUACUUGGUUUUCUUCCACUCUUUGGCUAUUGUGAAUCAUGCUGCUAUGCACAUGGAUGCACAAAUAUCUCAUUGAGACCCUGCUUUCUGUUCUUUUGGGUGUAUACCUGGAAGUGGAAUUACUGGUUCAUAUUGUAAUUAUAUUUUUAAUUUUUUGAGGAGCCUCCAUUCUGUUUUCCACAGUGGCUGCAGCAUCUUACAUUCCCACCAACAGUAUCUAAGGGUUCUAAUUUUUCUACCUUCUCACCAACACUUGUUUUUUUCUGUUUUGUUUUUGUUUUUUGGAUGGUAUCUAUUCUGAUGGGUGUGAAGUGGUAUCUUAUUGUGGUUUUGAUUUGUAUUUCCCUACUGAUUCUUGAUGGUGACCAUCAUUUCAUGUGCUUAUUGGUCAUUUGUAUGUCUUCUUUAGAGAAAUGUCUAUUCAAAUCUUUUCUCCAUUUUUAAAUUGGGUUGUUUGGUUUUUGUUAUUGUUGAGUUUUAGGAGUUCUCUAUAUAUUCUGGAUAUUAACUCCUUAUCAGAUGUGUGAUUUGCAGAUAUUUUCUCCCAUUUUGUGGGUUGCCUUUUUACUCUGUUGAUAGUGUCCUUUGAUGCACAAAAGUUUUUAACUUUUAUGAGGUCCAUUUUAUCUAUUUUUUCUUUUGUUGCCUGUGCCUUUGGUGUCAUAUCCAAGAAAUCAUUGACAAAUUCAAUGUCAUGAAGGUUUUACCCUAUGUUUCCUUCUAAGAGUUUUAUAGUUUUAGGUCUUACAUUUAGGUCUCUGAUCCAUUUUGAAUUAAUUUUUGUAAAUGGUGUUAGGUAAGGGUCCAACUUCAUUCUUUUGCAUGUGGAUAUCCAGUUUUCCCAUUGAUUGAUAUUAGCACCCUUGUCAAAAAUCAUUUGUCCAUAUAUGUGAGGAUUUAUUUCUGGGCUCUCUAUUCUAUUCCAUUGGUCUAUACAUCUGUCUUUAUGUCAGUGCCUGACUGUUUUCUUUAAUGGAGCUGUGUAGUAAGAUUUGAAAUCAGGGAACUUGAGUCCUCCGACAUUGAGCUUCUUUUUCAAGAUUGUUUUAACUAUUCAGAGUCCCCUGUGAUUCCAUAUGAAUUUUAGGAUAGAUUUUUCUGUUUCUGCAAAAAAGUGUCAUUGGGAUUUUGAUAGGGAUUGCAUGAAAUCUGUAGAUGGCUUUGGAUAGUGCAAACAUCUUAAUAAUACUCAGUCAUCCAAUCCAUGAACAUGGGAUGUGUUUCCAUUAAUUUGUCUUCUUUCUUUAAUUUCUUUCAUUAAUGUUUUGUAGUUUUUAUAGUACAAGUUUUCACCUCCUUGGUUAAUUUCUAAGUACUUUAUUCUUAUUGAUGCUGUUGUAAAAGGAAUUGUUUUCAUAAUUUCCUACUCAGACUGUUCAUUGUUAGAGUAUAGAAAUGCAACUGAUUUUUCUGUGUUUGUUUUUUAUCCUACUUUGUUGAAUUGAUUUAUUAAUUCUAACCAUAAUUUCGUGGAAUCUUGAGGGUUUUUACAUAUAAGAUCAUAUCAUCUGUAAACAAAGAUAAUUCUACUUCCUCCUUUCCAAUUUGGAUGCCUUUUAUUUCUUUUUCUUGCCUAUUCGUUCUGGCCAGGACUUCCAGUAUUAUGUGGAAUAGAAGUGGUGAAAGUGAGCAUCCUUUCCUUAUUUCUGAUUGAAAAGCUUUCAGUCUUUCAUCACUGAAUAUGAUGUUAGCUGUGGGUUUUUCAUAUAUGGCUUUUAUCAUGUUGAGGUAUUUUCUUUCUAUUCCUAGUUUGUUGAGUGUUUUUAUCAUGAAAGGGUGUUGAAUUUUGUCAAAUGAUUUUUCUGCAUCAAUUGAGAUGAUCAUAUGUUUUUUUUCCCUUUAUUCUGUUAAUGUGGUGUGUUACAUUGAUUGAUUUUCAUAUGUUGAACCAUCCUUACCUUCCAGGAAUAAAUCCCACUUGAACAUGGUGUUUAAUCCUUUCAAUAUGCUGCUGAAUUCUGUUUGCUAAUAUUUUGUUAAGGAUAUUUGCAUCAGUGUUCAUAAGGGAUAUUGGACUGUACUUUUCUUUUCUCAUAGUAUCUUUUCCUGACUUUGGUAUCAGGGCAAACAAAUUAGGAAAAGUUCUCUUUUCUUCAAGUUUUUGGAAAAUUUUGACAAGGAUUAGUGUUAUUUCUUCCUAAAAUGUUUGGUAGAAUUCACCAAUAAAGCCAUCAGGUCCAGAGCUUUGUUUGUUGUUGGGAGGUUUUUGAUUACUCAUUCAUUAUCCUUACUAGUUAUAGGUUUAUUCAGAUAUUUUCUUUCUUCGUGAUUCAGUCUUGAUAGGUUUUGUGUUUCUAGGAAUUUGUCUGUUUCAUCCAGGUUAUCCAAUUUUUUGCAUACACUUGUUCACACUACUCUUGUAAUCCUUUUUAUUUCUAUAGAAUCAGUAGUAAUGUUCCUACUUUUAUUUCUGAUUUUAGUAAUUUGAGUC